CAUGCUCUUCAAUGAAUAUAUCCACAUCCCACAUUGCCGCAGCUAGGAUAGGCAUUCUUGGCGAGAAUGGCAGUCUCAGACGGUCAUCCUCCGGGGAAGAGUUGUAUAAACAAGCUACUAUUCGAAGAUCAUGCUCAGACAACAACCUCUUAUCCUCCUCAACCCGAAUAAGUAAGCUGAAAUCAAUCCGUUCCUUUGGGAUUUUCUCUAACCCAUGUCCAACUUCCACCUCUUCAACUCAUAUAAAUGCGCUACUGUUUGAUACUGAGACUGGGAAUGAGAAUGUUACGACGACAGUUGAUGACAACUUAUUGAGUGAUGGUGAAAUGGAAGAGGAAGUUGAGAGGGAGGAUAGGGUGAAAAGAGUGAAUUGGGUGCAGAGGCUCCUAGAGCUGAGAACGCGGUGGAAGGGUAGAAAGGAGAAGGAAGUCGAUUGUAGGUACGAAGAGAUUGAAGAAGAUUGUAAUGGAGAGGAUAGUUGUCUAGUGGACUAUGGAGAGACACAAGAUGAAGUAAAAAUCGACUUAGAAUCAUUCUCAAAGUUGGUCGUUCAUGUGCCUUGGACCGAUGCAAAGAAGUUCUCUAAGCUGUCUUACCUUUGUAACAAAGCUUAUUCAAUUCCAGAACUUAAGGCUCAUGACUUGCAACAAUACCAUGGUCUACAUUUCAUAACAUCUUCAUUGGAGAAGAAAGCGAAGGCUAUUGCACUGAACGCAAUGUUAGCCAAAGACUCUGCUCACCAACAAGAAGAUAAUUUGGAAAAUCUACAGCAAAGGGAUUAUGUAGUUAGCCCUUCUGUUGCCUACGAAAUUGCUGCAUCAGCAGCUUGUCAUGUUCAAAGUCGAGCCAAAAAAGAAUCUCAUUCCAGUACCUGUGGAGAUGCCUUUUACGCAACAAAUAGAGAGGUAUGUCCUGUACCGAGAGGUUGUAAUUCAGAGAUGGCCGCACAAAUGGCUGCAACAACAAUGACAACAGUAGUGGCUGCAAAGGAGAAAGAAAAGCAAGCGGCUGCAAAAGAACUUCAAUCAUUGCAUUCUUCCCCUUGUGAGUGGUUCAUUUGUGAUGAUCCAAGUACUCAUGUGCGCUAUUUUGUAAUCCAGGGGUCUGAAUCGCUGGCAUCUUGGCAAACAAACCUGUUUUUUGAGCCUGCCAAUUUUGAGGAAACAGAUGCAGCUGUUCAUCGAGGAAUUUAUGAAGCAGCUAAGGGAAUAUACGAGCAAUUGAUGCCAGAAAUCCAAAAUCAUAUAGAAUCCCAUGGAGAAGAUGCAAAAUUUCAAUUUACAGGUCAUUCUCUAGGGGGCAGUCUAUCACUAUUAGUCCAAAUGAUGCUUAUGGCGAGAAGAGCUGUCAAGCCAUCGAUCCUUUUACCAGUGGUUACUUUUGGAUCACCAUUUGUGUUUUGUGGAGGUGAAAAAAUCCUGAAACAGUUACAGCUUGAUGAAAGCAUGGUUCAAAAUGUCAUCAUGCAUAGGGAUAUUGUUCCUAGAGCGUUCUCGUGCAAUUAUCCUAGACAAGUUGAACAGGUCCUCAAGCGUUUAAACAAAUCUUUCAGAUCACACCCAUGUCUCAACAAGCAUAAAAUGUUGUACUCUCCUACAGGGCAAGUAUUUAUUCUUCAACCAACUGAAAAAUUAUCGCCGUCUCAUCCACUACUUCCGCAAGGGUGUGCUCUUUAUGCAUUUGACAAGGCUCAACCUAAUUUGAUAGCACAUGCUUUGAGGGAAUUUCUAAAUACUCCACAUCCUCUAGAAACUCUAAGUGAUCCUAGAGCUUAUGGUUCGGAAGGAACUAUCCUCAGAGAUCAUGACUCAAGCAACUAUACAAAGGCAGUCAAUGUGGUUAUGAAGCAGUAUACGAAGAUAGCCUUCCGAAAAAUCAAGGAGGAGAAACAUAUGAUAUGGCCAUUGGUUUCAUCUCAGUAUUCAUGGACUCAUGAAGGUGUCUUGCAAAACACAUCAGUGAGGAAGGAGGUGGUGACUAGCGUGUGAUGCUAUCGAGACCAAGAAUGAAUCGUACGCAGAAUGGAAUUGGGAUAAAGAACCAACUUCAAAUGUUGUCUAAAUAAAUAGAAACAACAGAAUGAAAUAAAUAGAUGAAGAGAGAAGACACAUGUAUAUACGCAGUAUAUGAAGUUGGAACUAGGACUAUUUUGUACAUUCCAUGUAUAUAUACCAAUUUCAAAAACUUAACUCAAGAUUCAAAACUUUUAUGUUGUUGAUUAGGAUGUACAAAU